AUGCACAAACUUCAGGUCGGGGGUUUCUCCCUGCUUGAGAGUUUUCACCGAGGUGGUUUUCGCCGGUACAAAACAUUCAUCAUCACAAUCACUGCCUUUAUUUUGCUCUAUGUUACGUGGAUGUGCUCCAAUCUCGUGGUGGAAGCCUACGAAUCACGGUUAUCCUAUACCUCCGACUUCAACACUAGCGAUGAUCAAUCGGGCUUCUGGUGGGCACGAAAAGCCACAAACACUUUGAUUCAAUCUAUACCACCCAAGAUUUGGCAAAUACAUCUUCCUAAGAAUGGAUCGGACGAGAAAUAUGUUUUGGAUUCCAAAAAACUCGAAAUGACGGCGUCCUGGUUGGCCUUGAAUACAGAUUACACCUAUACAUUGGUUGGCAAAAAGGGAGGCGAUGAAUUUGUUCAGCGUCACUUCGCCAACGAACCGACCAUCGUGGAAGCAUAUCACAAAGCCCCUAACGUUGGAAUGAAGUCGGACCUCCUUCGGUAUCUUAUUCUUGAGGUCGAAGGUGGCAUCUACACCGACACCGACACCAUCGCUAUUAAGCCUAUUGACGAAUGGGUGCCAGAAGAGCUGCGAGGUCAAGUUGGCUUGAUAGUUGGCAUCGAGUUCGACCGACGGAACGGGGGAGGUUGGGCGGAUAUCCCUCACUGGCUUCAGUUUUGCCAGUGGACGAUUGCAGCCACUCCCGGACACCCUGUCUUCAAGAAGAUGACCAGACGUGCUAUCAGGUCAAUGGAGGACCUGUCACAUAAACACAACGUCUCGAUUGAGCAGCUCAAGCCAAGUAGCUUCGAGGUUAUGAACUCGACAGGCCCAGCAGCUUGGACUGACGUCGUCUUUGAGCACCUACAGGGACUUGAUUCUACCCUCAACACCACUAAGGAUCUAUCAUUUAUGACAGAACCGAAGCUCUAUGGCGACGUACUGGUUCUGACCAUUGAUGGGUUUGGCGACUUUUUGGCUUUCCUUCGUUCCGCGAGUAGUGAACCUCUUACGUCGUUUGCCCACACUGUUAGCGGAGCUGUAGUUAAUGCUAUUGGUAUUCCCAUCCAGUGGCAUUCCUCUGAUUUUGGGCCCACCACUACUGGAGCUAGGACUUCUGCAACCGGUAGCGCAACUAAAACGAUUUCUUCUUCAACCGGCACUUCUUCGAGUGAUUCCACGUCGAGUAAUGGGGGAUUAAGCAGUAGAUCCAAAGCAGGCAUCGUAAUUGGCGCUGGAGUUGCCGCUCUUGUAUUUGCCGCAUUAGGCUGGUUUGUGGCUCGAGAGAGGAGGGCUAAGCAGGCAAAUAAUGUCGCUGAAAUUGGGGGAGAAGAUGCUAAGGAGCCUCACAUACAGCAGCAACAGCACCCAUGGGAGCUUGAUAGUCACGACGCUAUGAUCCCGGCGGAGCUACCAUCGGAAAGUGUGAGUCAUGUGAGGUAUAAAUAA